AUGGGUGUGGCUUAUACGAUGCAAUCGCAAUAUUUCUUCGAGGCCAACAAGAAACAGCCAGAGACGUUGAUGCAGCUACAAAAGUCAAGUUUCCACGGGGACUGCACCAAGUGGUAUCGAAGCCAGAACGACACCUUCACUGGUGUCUCCUUUAUGUACACUCGAAGUGGUCUUAACUACUCUACGAUGUCCACCACCGCGAGGGACGACGAUAUCCCCGCACUUACGCAACAACUCAAAGCAUUGGGAGAUCAUGUGCACACUGUUUCUCAACGUCUAGAUCUGCCAGAUCCUACUUUCGGCGCAAGCAGUAGCCGUGUUGUACCUCCUGAGAUCUGCACUCCUCCGUCGUACAGAAAUGGGACACGUACCACUGGCCCACCUGAGCCAGCCCUUCCUCAACGGCGGACCGACCCUGUUGAUGAUGUCAAACGCUUAGUUCGGACUGAUGUGCCUGAAUUUUGGGGUGACCUUAACCCCACCUCUUUCCACGAUUGGUUAAUCUCUGUGGAUGAUUACUUUCGUUGGUACAAAAUGCUGCAUGAGUGCAAGGUGGAUUAUGCAAUUAUGAAAUUGAAGGGUAGUGCUCGUAUUUGGUGGCUCAGUAUUGAGGAGCAAGCUCAACGUCUGGGUAGACCUCCCCUUUCUGAUUGGGUGGAGAUGAAAUUUCGCCUAAAAGGAAAAUAUAUGCCUACCGAUUAUGUGGAUGCUUUACUUCGGGAAUUAUGGGGUUUUAAGCAAGGAACCCUUUCGGUGACUCUAUAUACUGGUCGUUGGCAAGAACUCACCAUUCGCAGUCAAAUCAUUGAGCCUGAACGCCAGGCCAUUGCUCGCUACAUCGCUGGGUUAAGAGAGGAUAUUCAGUAUGAAUUGCUCGCGAUGACAUUGGCCUCCGUUGAUGCGGCAUAUCAGGCUGCCCUUCGUUCCCCAACACCAUCCGGGUCCUCAAUCCCGCCUUCCUCUAGCGACAAUCGCCGCCGUGGAGGCGAGAAUACUGCUGUGAACUGUUUUAACUGUGGAGGCAAGGGCCAUUAUGCUGUCAUCUGUCCCAGUAAGAGUACCAAGCCCGGCCUUAUCUGCGAAGGGGACACAACUACAACGGUCGAUUACUCCCUGAAAAGUUCUACUGAGUUGGAACAACCAAUUCCUGAAGAGGAAACCUUAGAGGCGUCCCAAUUGCCUAGUUGUAUCAUCCAACCCAUUCUUAUGGGUGAAUCUUCUACAACGGAUGCAGAUUAUUGGCUUCGCACGUCCAUCUUUCAUACUCGUUUUGAAGUUGGGAGCAAGGCCUUAGAUACGGUGAUUGAUAAUGGUAGUGGCAUGAAUGCCAUAGCAAGCGUUGUCGUGGAUAACCUGGGCCUUGCCAAAGAACCUCAUCCUCGGCCUUACCGUAUCAGCUGGGUUGAUGCUACCUCCAAACCGAUAGAAGCUCGGUGUCGGGUUCAUUUUUCCUUAGGACCGACCUUUGUUGAUGAAGUUUGGUGUGAUAUUGUUCCCAUGUCCGUGUGCCAAAUGUUAUUCGGCCGGCCGUGGCUUUAUGAUCGCAAAGCUUUGUAUGAUGGGUUCCGUAAUUCUUACUCUUUCAUCUACAAAGGCAGGCGUUUCACCCUCAAUCCUUUCAGACCCAUCCCACGUCCUGCUAUCACGCCGACGGCAUUUUCGGAAGUCCUUACUCUUUCUUGCUUGGUUGAAGUUUCUCCUAAUACACCAAUGAUGUUCUUGUUGUUACUUAAACCGGCUGCAUCCACACAUACACUUCCUGUAGCAUCAGUCAUUGAUCUCCUGUCUGAGUUCCCUGAUUUGAUGCCCGAUGAUUUUCCAGAUCAGUUGCCUCCCUUGCGUGAUGUGCAGCAUACCAUUGAUAUACUACCGAGUUCAUCACUGCCCAACCUUCCAGCUUAUCGUUUAACACCAGGGGAACAUUCUGAGAUGUGUUCUCAAGUGUCUCAACUCCUGUCCAAAGGAUUUAUCCGGGAAAGUCUCUCCCCUUGUGUUGUACCGACCAUACUUAUUCUAAAGAAAGAUAGGUCGUGGCGAUUGUGUGUUGAUAGCAGGGCUAUCAAUCGGAUUACCGUCAAAUACCGAUUUCCUAUUCCUCACUUGGACGGCCUACUUGAUCAACUUUCUGGUGCCUCGGUUUUCUCUAAAAUGGACCUCCGCAGCGGCUAUCAUCAAAUUCAUAUCAAGCCCGGCGAUGAGUGGAAAACAGCCUUUUGCACGAAGGAUGGAUUAUUCGAAUGGAUGGUUAUGCCGUUUGGCUUAACCAACGCUCCUAGCACAUUCAUGCGUGUCAUGACGCAAACCUUCAAACCCUUCUUGGGCAAAUUCCUGGUGGUGUAUUUUGAUGACUUAUUGAUCUAUAGCCGUAACCAGGACGAGCAUAUGCACCAUCUUCGAUUGGCAGGCCUGGAAGUGGACCUAGCAAAAACUCAGGCUAACUUCUCUUGGCCUUCCCCUACUACCUUCACAGAGGCAUGA